CUCGGCACAAUUAUUUGUGUCCCAUUUCCCACUCCCUCCAAAUCGGUUUUUAUCUUUCGUUCAAAUUAUCACGGGUUUUAUUAAUCACAAGUCUUGGCGUCCUGGUGCCUGAUUCUAACGGCUCGAGGCUGUACUAGCAGGCUUCACUAACGGGACCACAUUAAAAGCAACACGCACCAACAGCAUCAUCAGCAGCUUAUCAACCAUUGCCCAUCACGAUGCCGCAAUACCGAGUUGAAGUUUCGCCCAACAAGCGAGCGGGGUGCAAAGACUCCGUUUGCAAAAAGGAGGCUGUCAAGAUCCAGAAGGGCGAGAUAAGAUUCGGCACCUGGGUGGAAAUUGAAGAGCGCGGCAGCUGGCACUGGAGACAUUGGGGAUGCACGUCUGGCGCAAUCAUGACCCGACUAAGGGACAUGUGUGAAGAAGGUGGUGGCUUUGACCCUGAGUCUGCCAUCGACGGCUACGAUGAAAUUGAAGAUGAGGAUAUCAAAGAAAAGAUUGUGCGCUGCAUCAAGCAGGGUCACAUUGAUGCUGAGGACUUCAAAGGAGACCCGGAGAAGAAUGUUCCCGGCGCUGUCGGCAUCCGCCUAAGUGCUAAAGAAAUCAAGGCUAAGGAAAAGGCCGCUGCUGGUGGUGAUGAUGAGAAGAAGCCAGCCAAGAAGCGAGCUCGCAAGUCCAACGCAGACGACGAGGACGAGAAGCCUAAGCCAGCCAAGAAAUCUAAGAAGGUCAAGGAUGAAGAGGAAGAGGAAGAUGAAAAGCCAGCGCCGAAGAAGGCCGCCAAGCCUAAGCCUAAGCCUGCAGCUAAGCCUGCCGCUAAAAAGGCCAAGAAGGUCGUCAAGGAGGAGUCUGAGGAGGAGGAAUCCGCCGAGAGCUCCUUUGACGAAGCCUCUGAUGACGACGGAGAGGAUGACUUUGGGUCAGAAGAAGACGAUGAAGACUUCAAGCCCAAGUCUAAAUCCAAGUCCAAGGCUAAGCCUGCAGCUGGUCGUCGCCGAAGCGGCCGCGCUUAAGCACCGUCGUGAGAGUGAGAUUCGCGCUGUACUUUAGUUUAUAGUGUAGUAUUUGUGUUGCAUAGUUGGGGUCGUUAGGAGUUUGUGGAGUGGUGUUGAGAGACCUGGUGUAAGAAAAGUAGCUGAAAUUCAAUUUACUCUGUCUGUGUG